GUGCAAUAAUGACUGUGUAAAUCUCUGCACAGUAUGACAUUAUGAGUGAUUUUGAGUCAGUCAUCUGUCUUGGCACCAGCUGCAGUUCCAGCACGACCAACUGGAGUCAAAGUCAAUGGCAGGCUGGAGUUCAUCUUAUCAAAAAGUCAUAAAGCAGAGAGUAGCCUGUCAUUUUAGGAGACACGCUUUUCCUAAAUAGGAACUUACUGAUACGCUGUAUACACACAGAAUGAACUUUGAACAGUGUGCCUAUGAUGACGUGACUGAUAAACACACAUUAAUGUGGGAUGGAGGGGAGAGAUAAACCUCAGGCCAUGUUUAAUUUCGACAGUAGCCCCAAGGAAGCCUGCAUGCUGCUGCUCUUCUUCUUUUGUUUGAUUGUAUUGCAAAGACUGGAUUAACAUCUCCUCCUGAGUUCACAAGACCAUGACUAUCGGCAGGAGCUCCAGAAAGAACAAGGCCCCUCAUUCUCCUCCUUUCCUGGACAAGGCUAAUGGAUUCUAUGGGCGCUUGGAUGAGAUGUUUGGAGACGAUGUACAGAUGGAGAGAGAGACCAUAGAAGAACAGAUAGGAACCUUAAACCGGAGCACCCAAGACAAUAGUACAGCUCCAGGCUGGAUAGAAGAAGAUGACCAUGUGGUUGAUUUUAACCAGGGUAUGAUGGAUGACGAUGGGACCACUUUACUGAAGAAAAAGCCCAGCAGACUGAGUCGCCGCUGGAGCAGGAUGAGCUCCAGGAAGGGAAAAUAUGACAAAUUUCCCUCAGAAAAAGAACUUGGUAAUGAGACCAACAAGCCCACCUCUGUAGAUCUAAACCCAGAGGUGCCACCAGCAACCCAAACCCUGGAAAACAGCAAAGAACCAGAACCAACGCUGAUCCAUUUCUCUGUGAGGGAGCAUACUGAUGACCAGACUCUGAUAUCAGGGAAGAAAGAAGGAGAACGGGAAAUGGAAGACACAAGAAAAGAGAAGAAGACAGAAGGCAAACUGAAUGGAGAGUCAAUGGAAGUUGUAAAGAGGAACAAUCUCAAGAAUUAUCGCAAGGCCGUGGACAGAGCUUUCCGUCGAGGAUGGGAGACUUUUGUUGCCAAUCUGUACAGUGUGACACUGACACCUAUAUCAUCAACCUCCUCUUCAUCCACACCAUCAGACAAAACUGAAUUCAACAGGAAUCGUGUUUUAGCAGAAUUCAGAUAACAGUAGAACAGACUCAUUUGUAUUUUCAUAUUGAUGAGUAAUUUCAUUUAUUCAUUUAAGUGUGCUCAAAUAUUUAAUUUGCAUUGUUGUUCUUGCAUAAAACUGAUAACCAUCAAUCUUGUUUUAAACUGAUCAUUAUGUAACCUGACAUGAAAGGUCAAUAUUUGAACUUUUAUCAGUGUAUAAAUUUGUUAUCACAGUGCUAACUAAAGAGGCGUCUACCUGAUCUUUGUUCCCUUGUGAGGAAACAUGAGGCCUAUAAUUAUCCAAUGUGGACAGAUCCUUUUUAUUUGAUGUGAUAAUGUUUUUGAGUAGCAGAGUUCCUGUACUUUGGCGAUGAACGUGUAUUACAGGUUUUGUACCAAAGGGUUAACCCUUAAAAAAAAAAAACUGGGAGCUCAUGGAUUUUUUUUUUAAUGUCAUCAACAGGUAACAUCACUGGCAGUGAAGUAUAUAAAUAACUGAGCCGAGAGAUUAAAUGAAGAUGGCUUUUGUUUUCUUGGGACUUAUUUAUCUUGUCUAACUUAGUUUGCUGAACCCAGUUUCCUAAUGUUAUGAAGGAGAAUUUUUAUUUGUAGCGUCUUUUUUAUCUGCAUUGUGACAUCAAAGCAGUGCUUAUAAUAAAAAGGAAAAGUGAGAAAAAAGUCAAUCUGUUUGGCUUGAUUCUGUUCUACUGAACAAAAGUGA